UGGAAACUGAAACUGUCGGUGAAACUUCACACAUGGAGCGGAUCGUCACGUUUUUGGACUGAAUAGACAACUUUUUUUUUUUUUUUUUUUUAGAUCUCUGUGCACUGAAUAUGCUUUGUCAAAACUGGCUGCCAGUAUUCCAUGCGGCAGAGACGUUUAAGGAUUUGUGCUUUGAUUCCGUUUAUUCAGUGAGUUAACAAAAAAAAACAAAAAAACUUUUUGUUUUGUUAUCGUAUUGCACCAGCACUUCCAGUUCGCCUCUGGGGCCUUAGUAAGCACAAUCCACUUCAUCAGGUUACACGCGGCAAGCGGAGCUACGUGACUGCACUCAUUCGCAGAGUGAGCCUGCUGAACCUGGAGGGGGGGCGGAUGAGUUGGAAAUUCCCAGUCAGCAUCUCUUUUUUCUUUUCUGAGUGGUUUGGCACUCUGGUUGGAUUGUUUGAUUGUGUGCAUCGGGAGCCAUCAACUCCUCUCCGACUCGCAGACAUCGCGAAAUGAAACUCGGUCUCGUCAUCCAGGCUGCGGUGGCGCUGUAUCUGCUGCUCUCACCUGCACAGAGUCUUCCCUUAUCAAGCAUAAACAAUACAACUGAAGUGCUGAUGUUCCAAGAAGUGUGGGGUCGCAGCUUCUGCCGGACCAUUGAGAAGCUGGUGGAGGUGGUGCAGGAGUACCCGUCAGAGGUGGAGCACAUCUACAGCCCCGCCUGUGUGCCGCUGGUGAGGUGUGCAGGUUGCUGUGGGGAUGAAAACCUGGAGUGCCAUCCCACUCACACUACAAACGUCACCAUGCAGCUGUUGAAAAUCAGGCCAUCAGAGCCGGGUAAAGAAUAUGUUGAGAUGACGUUUGUGGAGCAUCAGACAUGUGAAUGUAGAGUCAGGAAACCUAUUGUGACUGCUGGAAGGAAAAGGCAAAGAGGACGAGGAAGGAAGAGAAAGGAGAGACAGAAAACGAAAGAAUGUGACAGCUGCCAAAACCCACGCAGGUAACUGCAGUGGCAGCCAAAACCCCAAGUUGCAGUGUGGCUCACUAUUUAUUUCCAACCCAGUGACAGAAACCAGAGUCUUCUCCAUGUCUGCAGACAGAGACUCAAACAGCUGGGUUGUUUCGCUGACAUGCCCUCCUGCUGAUGGGAAGAGCGUUUAUAAUGACAAGCUUCAAACAGAAGUGUGUUUUGAUUGGUGCAAACACUGCUGUUACACCUGACACUAAGGACAUCCCUGGGAGCCAGUGCAAUGUCGAACCAAACAGACCGACGCCUUCUCUUUUAUACUAGUUAUUACUGUAUCAGUUAUUGCAAUAAGGUCAUUUCUUUGGUAUUUAAAGAUGGUUACACUUUUUUGAAAUCUAUAUUUAUUGAUACAGCUGAAUAUAUUUGGACUAGCAACCUUUAAAAAGUUUGUCAUUUUUUGUUCAAACAUUAUCUAAGACACUAUGACUUAUCACAGUAACACAUGUUGGACUGAAUGUGCAGCUGCUUUGCACAUGCAACAAUGAAAUGUCUCCCUCUAGUGUUUAUAAAAAGUGUUUAAAGUGCUCUAUAAUAAAGUAUUUUUAGAUAUCAAUUAUACAAAUAAGAUUAGACUUAGGACUUCAUGGUCAGUCACAAUCACUUCCUCAGCUUAUGGGAAUCUUCUACUAUCACUAUUAUGAAGGUAACUUAUUCUGAAUGAAUCCUCUCCCUCUGUAGCGCCAUGUGACCUGGCAUGACUAUAAAGUGUUUACUGUCAAUUCUUUCAAUAAGAACAAUAUUGAUCAGACAAAUCUAUCAACUGAGGACGUGUCCACAGAAGAUUGUGCAUGAAAAAUUUACUAUGAUGUUUCAAAUUGACAAAAAUCCAACUUGUUCGUUAAAAUCUCUCUUUUUUUAUUGUUUUGGAGAGUUGGAUCACAUCAGAUUCAUCAGUUUAUUUCAAAUCACACCAGGAAGUGUGUUGUAGACUGCAGAAUAGACGUAGGAAGCCUAGUAGGAAUGGGCAGAUAAAAACUACAGUAACCAAUACGCUUAAGCAGUACUAAUUUGGUGAUGAAUUAUUGUUGUCUUGUUUUACUGUGAUUGCAAGUUUCUCACAGACAUAAAUGCAUUUAUUUUUUGCUUUGUGCCGUCAAACAGCACACAUUUGUGUCCACUCUGGUGACUCCCUCAAGGGCACAGGUGUCUUUCUUAGUCUGCUAUUGGAAGGGAUCAGUUGAAGUAAUUAUGUAAAAUGAUGUCCUUUUUGUAUUUUUUUUUUCCAUGUACUACACAAAGAAAAUCUCUAUCAAAAUGUACAAAGUAACAUUUCUACUGUGUUAGUAUUUUUAUUUCAUUAAGAUAUUUAUUUUGUAAUAAAUUGUUAUGG